AUGCCCCCUAAAACUCAGAAAUAGAAAGAAGAAGAGGCAGCUCGAUUAGCAGAAGAGCAAAGGAUGAGAGAAGAAGAAGAGGAAAGAUAGAGAAAGGAAUUAGAGAAAUACAAAAUUAGUACACUCAACAAUACAAAGUAAUUCAAUAUCUUUAAUGUCAGCAUGCCUUUGCCGAUCACCAAAUAUUGCAUUGAGUAUGUAUUUCCACACUCAGAAUCUCAUAAGGCUAUGAUGGAAUAUUUGCAUAAACUCGCUGAAAUUUAUAACUGCAAAGAUCAACUACGAGAUAUUGAUUUUUAGAUAUCAGCAGAUGUGCUAAUAAAUGAUCUAAUAUUUGCCAAGUCUUUAAACAACUUAAAUGAUGAAAGUGUAUAAGUUUUGAUCAACAUAUUAUUUUUAUCAUUCACCAAUAAUAACAGUAAGUUCAGUCAGGAGAUGAGGUUUAAUAAUACUCUUCAAUAAAAGACUAAAAUUUCAGAUGCAGAAUUAUUUAAUCAUUUAUUGAAAGUGCAUGCAGAGGCAGGAUAUUUUCGAUCUAUGCAUAUAUUGCCAAUCAAAGAACAUUUCUAAAUCUAUCUAAAUCAUUUUGAUUUGAUUAACCAGGCUUUUAUAUCAGAUUAAAGAACUUUGGAACUUCAUAUGGAUUUGUAGAUGGACUUGCCCUUGUAACCAUUACCAUUAGAUGAGGCUUUGAUUUAUCGACCAUUUGAAUAAAAGGACGAAGAUGAUGGAUUAAUUGAAACAGUUGAUUAGGAAGAUCAAUAAGCUCCGCCAGAACCAACUGAUGAGGAAUUGUUAGACCCAAUAAUAAUGGAUGCAAUACAAAAGAAGCUAGAUUUAGCAAAAUAAGAGUUAGAAGAGAAACUAGUAUCAAGAUAAAAGGAUAUGGAAGAGAAAUUAAUGAGUAUGGCCACAAAGAAGAAAUGA